AUGCCGGAAGCUUCAACUAUCCCAAAGUUCGUUGUCGAUCUUUCUUUGCCGCCAGAAGUUCGUUACAACCAUAUCGUUCCUCAAUUCCAACAAUCUAUCGACUCAUGUAACCUACGUUCGCUCUAUUCCAUGUUACUCACGGAUCUGGCAGGUGGGUCGAUCGGAAAUCGCCUUGCCAGUUUAUCACGAUAUAUUCUACGUUGCGUCCACUCCAAUGAAGAGACGGCUGAGCUGAGAGGCCUUUCAAAGGCCAUGGAUAUGCCCAUGCACAUUCUUGUCGCCUUUAACGUUCUGCUAGAUCUAUUGCUGGGAUGCACAAGCGGGGGAGUUCGUACUUUCGAUACGCCAAUUUCAAAAGGGAAAACUCGAAUGCUACAUUUUCGUACCCUCGAUUGGGGAAUGGAAGGGCUACGGCACAUUAUCGUUGAGCUCGACUUUGUUCGUCAUGCUGGAGGACCUGUUGUCGCAACCACCAUUACUUAUCUUGGUUAUGUUGGGGUACUUACUGGUGUCAGAAGAGGGUUGAGUAUGAGCCUCAAUUUUCGACCCUGCCAUGCAAGUGAUACUAUCCUGCAAAGGUUGUCGUUUAGAUGGAAUCAAGCCAUGGUGGUUCUUGGCCAAAGACAAUCUAUAUCAAGCGCCUUGAGAGAUAUCCUACUGGAUGAAUCUGCAGAAGCAGAUGUCAAGGCAGAAUCGACCAGAGACUCUACGGAUACUGCAGAACAAGGUGUCUCGGACCAGUACGUACAAAAGGUCUUGGAGCGACUAUCAACCUCUGAAUCAAGCGCGGCAUACCUCAUCCUCUGCCAACCAGAACGCGUAUUCCUAGUAGAGAAGGACCACAAAACAGCCACCAUACGCGAAUCAGACACGUUUCUGACUGUUUGCAAUCAUGACCUCAAACAUGAAGAUGACCCCUCGCUUCUUCGUCAGGCUGCCGCCGAGUUGGAAGAGGCAGACAACGCACUCGGCAUGGCGGAGCUAGUCAGUCUAUCUGUGGAUAGAAAGAGGCACCUUGAAGGAUUAUGGAGGGAGGGAACUUCUUCAUGUCAACGGAGGUACAAGCACCAAAGGGACGUCGUCACUCACCGGGAUGUGAUCAGGUUUCUGGAGGAUGAUGAGAUCAGGAAUGAGGAAACACACUACGCAGUCAUAAUGAAUCCAAAGGACGGAAAGGUCAUCUGGAGAAAGAAAUACGAGGCGGGGGAGUCAAGUGAGGAAUGA